AUGAAUGAUAUUUGUCUAGAACAUAAUGACCUUGAAGAUAAAAUUCAUUCUUCUACAUCUUUAAAAAAUUGUGAUUCUCACUUUGAUUUGCCAUCAUUAGAAAAUUCUACGAUGGCACAUCUACUUGUUCAACAACAAGCACAUCAAAAGACAUCAACACAAAAUGAAACUCUAGUAUCAAUGGAUCAUACAGUUGACGAAGGAUUAUUUUUCUAUAAACAAGAUUCAACAAGUUUAUUACAUUUUCUUCAAAAAUUUGCAUCUGAACCACAAAUAUCUAUGUAUCAUUCAUCAUCACAGAAAUUUUUAGAUACUAAUUCAAUACCUUUUCCUAUAUCGAAUACAUUUCUAUCGUCAAAUGAACCAAAAGAAGAAGAAGACGAAGUAGAUAGACUCAAUAGUGAUCAAAUUGAGCCGAUAAUUAUAGAAGAUAAAAUUUGUGACACAUUAGACAAUAUUUCAGCAUCAGUAAUGACUGAUGACUCAAAUGAAGAUAGUAUAUUAAGCGUGAACUCUUUGUUAAAUUCUGAACGUCAUUUUCGCAGGCGAAAACGACGUACAUCAUUAACACGACAGUCUUCAUCGAAUGAUGAACCUGAAGUUAUAAAAAUAGAUUCAAUUGAACCAAUUGAUAAUAAUCAAGAAAAAGAAUUAGAUGAUAUUGCAGAAAAUUUACAACGAAUUUCAAUAGAAAAUAUCUCAUCAGAUGAAAAUAAUGAGAUAAAAGAAGAUAUUUCAGUGGAAAAUGGAGAGUCAAGUGAUAAAACUACUCCUAGUCGAUUUCGAACACGAAGAUUACGGUCUCGUAUAUAUCAUCAACCAUCUUCAACAUCUGAAGAGUCCACAAUUGAUAAUAGUGUUAAUUUUUUUGUACCUACUGAAACAACUAUUUCUCCACCACCUUCUACACCACCUUCGUCGCCAACCUCAGCAACACCAAAUUUAUCUGUAUCUAAUAGCAAUCUAAAACGUACAAGUUCUAUUGGAACAACAAAGAAGAUGGUUCGUUUUGCUGAUUCAGUUGGUCGUCAAUUGGCGCAAGUGCAAUAUAUUCAAUCGUUAACUGAUGAUGAUACAACAGAUUUUUCACUUUUAAAAAAUAAUCUUUAUAUACCAAAGUCAUUAAAUUUAGAACAUAAACCCUGGUCAUUUGAUGUUGCAUUAACCUCAAAACAAGUUCCUGAUAUUCGAAUACCAAAAAGAUUUUUUUGUUUAUAUCGUCAACCAAAUUCUGAACAUCCUGAUAUUUAUUUACAUGAAAUAUGGAAAUCACAAGUUAAAUUAGAACAUGCAGGUAUGCGUUUAAAAUCAUCAAUAACCGGUGAACAAUUUCUUUAUGGUACACUAUGGGUAACAAAUAGUGGUUAUUAUAAAAAUGUAACUAUUAAAUACACAUUUAAUCAUUGGUUAAAUGUAUGUGAAUAUGAAGCUCAACAUUGUUGUCAUUCAAAUGAUUUUCGUAAUACAGAUCAAUUUGAAUUUCGUAUUGAUUUUCCACAUGACGUUGAUAGAAUUGAUUUUGUUAUUCGUUAUCGUGUCAAUGGACAAGAACAUUGGGAUAAUAAUGAAGGAAAAAAUUAUACAUUAGAAACUGAAACUGCUUAUACACCACAAACAACAAUUUCAUUACCACAUGAUUGUAAUUUUAAUGAAAUGAGAUUUUAUUAG